CAAUCCCACAAGACAAGGCAUCACACAAGAUAUUGCAAUAAAGUAUUGGACGGUUUGGGACUCGGAACAAAGUCUUAAUAUCGUAGGAAUUCGGAUCAUAUGCUAUCAAUAUAUUGAACCCGGACACACUUCAGACCAUUUUGAAUUAUACAAGUAUGGACACAGUGUAGGUCAAUAUGUAUUUAUAAGGACUCAGUGACUAAUGUUGGUUUCGGGUACAGGCAUCCUCACAAGUCAAGGUUUUGUGAUUACGUACUCUCCACACAAACCCUUGACGAAUGUAGCUAUUUAAAUUUCGGGCUCAAGCUUUUCAAUGCGUAAUAUGCUAAAAAUAAACUCUCCAAUGAAAUAGCUCUUUUCAAAACGAGUUUCGGAUGAAGCAUAAAGAUGGCCGAUCUACAGCGUCUAGAGAGAGAAAUUUGCGAAAAAUUCAACAUCAGUGCCCUCACUGAUGAUCAGCGAACUGCAAUAUCCAGUUUAUCAGAAAAACGUGAUAUAUUCAUAGGAACUAAGACAGGAAGUGGCAAAACACUCACUUAUGAGUGUGUACCACUUGUGUUUGGUGAAACGGCGGUAACCGUUAUAGUCGCUCAAUUGGUGAGCAUUAUGAAGGAACAAGUAGAACGACUUUCCAGCUUGGGAUAUAGGGCAGUACAUCUAGAAGGGUCAACCGAUGUCGAAAGCGUUAUGAACGGGUACUACAACUUCAUUUUUGGUAGCCCUGAGGUACUGGUGGGUGAGACAAAGUGGAGGGAUGUUCUCAAAAACCCCGAGUUUACCAAGAGACACCGUUUGAUUGUUGUAGAUGAAGCUCAUACCAUCAUUCAUUGGGGAGAAGAAAAGAAUAAACAAGAAACUGCAUUCCGUGAAUGGUUUGGUCACAUUGGUGAACUGCGUUCUCUAUGUUUAAAAGUCCCUGUUUUGGCCUUGACUGCAACUGCAUGUCCAAGUCACAGAAGAAAAAUCAUGUCAAAAUUGUGCUAUGGAAAAAAACGCUUGUGUAAUAUCAGACACUCCAGAUAGAAAGAACAUUAAAAUGAGUGUUGUGAAAGUGAAACAAAGUGAUGACCUUGAUGUCAUUUUCUCGUAGAUUAUUGAGGGGCUUUCGAAAGAACAAAACAAGUUUCAUAGACAUUUGAUAUUUUGCAACUCAAUUAAAGACUGUUCAUUAAUAUAUAUGAUUUUUGUUAAACAUUUCGGGAAAAGCAAUCUUUUCAACAUGUUUCAUAGUAAAACAACAGAUUAUGUGAAGGAUAAAAUUAGAAAUGAUAUGAGUAAUCCAAGUGGACAGCUAAGAGUACUAAUUUGUACAAAUGCUGCAGGCAUGGGGAUGAACUACUCCGAGUUAUAUAAUGUGAUUCAUUAUGGACCUCCAAAAGAAAUUGACUCUUUUGUUCAGCAAAUGGGCCGUGCAGGCAGAGACAACACGCAGUCUCAUGACCUCAUUAUCUUUAAAUCUGCACAACUGAAAAGAGUGGAUAAUGACAUGAAAGACCUUGUAUCUGACAGUUGCAGGGGAUUGCUAUUAACCAAGUCAUACAUGUGUGAUCCAGUUACAGACAUUAGAAAACAUUUUUGUUGUGAUAUCUGUGAAAAUACUUGCAAAUGUGGAGAGGAACUUUGUCCAUAUGUACACCCAGUUAAAACAAAUGCAAGAGUUGAAAUGGUUGUUGAUGAUUCAGACUGUAGUAGUGAUGUAACAACAACUGAUGAAGAAACUGACUGACUUCAUAUUUUGAUGAAAAACAUUGCUUUUAUAACUUUCAAUGUGUAAUUCAUAUCCAUUUGUUGUAUAUAGACAUUAAACUUAUGAACAUCAUGAUCAUUGUUGUCCAUAUGGAAAUUCACCAGAUGAUCAUAGCCAGUUCCAUGAACUGAAAACUGAGAUUAAACUUUAACAGAGUUGUCAAACUCCCUAAAGUGGGUCUGAUAAAAGGACCCCUUCCAAACUGGUAAAUAUGCAAAUAUUUCCCAAUAAAGAAUCUAGAAAUUUCUCAAAUAAUCGCCUAUUGUUGAGAUAUAGAAAAAUACUGAGAUUUUCAGACUACACUCCAUGUACCCUGAGAAGGGUGGGGGUGUACUUAAAAUCUUUUAUAAGUGAAACAAAAAGUUGAAUGAUGUUACGUUUAUCAAAUUUUUAAACAUUUUCCAUCUGAGCAGAAAUUUGGAGCCCAUUCCAAAAUCUAGUAACUGCACAUGACUCAAUCAAAAUGUUGUAUACCUUUGAUAGUUAAAUCUUAAUCAUACAAGCAAACUUUCUACAUUUUGAAAAUGUAAACUCGCAAAAGGAGACAUACUACAUUGUCAUAAUGCCGAACAUCCUUUAAAAACAUGAAUGAAAAUGUAAAUAUCAGCAAUAUUUGUCUGCUCCUUUUAGAUUUCAUUGCCUAGCUGAGU